GUUCAGCGAUCGAUUAGAAUUUCAUACGCGAAUAAAGAUGAUUAGGAAACUGUCCGAUCCUCGCUUUCCGCUAGAAACAUGAAACAUUUUUUCGUUGUGUAAAAGUGGCGAGUGCGGCGUCGGCGGCAGCGGUGGCGGUGACAGAAAAGAGUAACUGUGGCGAGGCGCAGUCCCGUUGCGGUCGGGGGUUUAGCUCUCGGCGCAGGGCCGUACGCAUCCGUGGGCGACGCUCCACGUGGAACAGCUGCCUUCUCGCGUCGUCUUGCAUGUUUUACACAACGUCUCGGGCAUUCGGAUCGUGGUUUUAGCUCUCGGGAAACGAUAUCACGCUGACGGUGGACAAAUUUCGUUUCAAUUCUACACGUUUUUUCUCGCACCUUCGAAUCAUAGUUAACGUCCAGUCUAUUUUUCUUUUUUCCAUUCUUUGUAAUCGUUUGGCCGAGCCACGCCACCACGUCGUGAGUCGUCCAUGAAUGAGCAGCGAAUGACGCGUGUGUUUCCCGUAAUCGUCUUUCGUGCUCGAUCGCUCCUCGAUAUCCUUGCUUGGUGACGUGUGUUCUUUGUGCGCCACGCUUUCUGGCUGUGCUGCACGCAGAAAGUUACGAGAGUUAACUUUCGAGUGUUCGCGGAAACGGUGCGCCAACGGAGGAGGAGGAUUAAAGAAACGCAUCGUGUGUGUGGUGUUUCUUCAGGUCGCGUCGGUUUCUAAUUUGCCGCAGCGGGAGAGGGGAGAGAAACGUUUGAUUGUAUAUCGAAGGGAGGAAGUGUGAUAAAUAAUAGCGAGCGGGAGAGUAGUGUUUUGGAGGACGAGUGUUGGCUGGUCGUUGCGUUGUUGCGUGUGAUUGUUUUCUCACCUAACUUGGCCCGCUUUGGUGCAUCGCUCUUUACGAACUGAGCCGGCAUUUCAUGUUGUUUACAAAUCAAGGCGAUUACGUUACUGCACGUCCUGUACACACUGUGUUACUCGCAUGCAACAGGCGACACCGCGUUGCCAAAGUUUCCUCUUGAUUAAUCGAUCGGAAAUUACAGCCGGUCAGAGUGAUACCUCUCAAGGAUUUGAAUGAAUCGCGCGGUUCACUGAUAGACGCAGAAGAGACAUUCAGAGAAACCGAGGAAGAGGGAACGAAGCGUAGAGGAGCGCGGCGCAUUGGCGUAGAUCCGGCAAGAACGGUCGCGUCUAGGGAAAAAUCGGUGAAUAGUUUCGGGUGCACGCGCAAGGAAUAUCAGCCGUGUAAUUACGCGAAGGUAGCGCGCGGCUUAGAAUCAAUACGACUGGAUUACUUAGGCGACGGUUUAACUCCGAGGAUCGAGAGAAAGCGUGGCUAAUAGCCGACGAAACACGCGUGUCUAGCGGCCGAACGAUUUUUCGACUGCCGUGUAAAGGCACAAGGCAAACGACGCAGAAAAGACGAGCUGCACUACGGAGCUGCUGCGUUAUGCCUUGAUGGGGUGUGCUUUCAGUGUGUUUGGGCGGGGUGUGAGGCAGUCGUUGCUGCCGCGUCGGCUCAUGCAGCCGGCCUGUUAAAAAUGGCAGCGUCGUCCGAUUCUUAUGUAUCGGAUAACAAUUAUUGGCUACGACCGAGGAAGAAAUCCAGUUGACAUCCGGGCGCGGGCAGUUAGGAGGGACAGUGAGUACUGAACACGUGGUCCGUUGAGGGAGCAGCUAGUCUAGUUUACUACUAGGUGCGUGUGUCGACUAGCUACACCCCUGGCGCACGUGCGUACGUGUAUUUCCGCGAGUCGUCGCGAACGGUGCACGUGUGAGUGACAAAUCGCGAGUGAAAGUGCUGGAGACUAGUGACUUUUUUUCGUGCCGUCACGCGUUCCUCACAGGCUUCCUGUAUUUUCAUUCGUGAAACCUGUCUUGACAGUUAAAACUUGACGUUUCGGAACGUCUGUGUCGAUACAAUCACGUUCGUCCAGUGUUUACCAUGUAUCUUUACCUUAUGGUUAAUUAAAUCAAUGAAGUAUACGUAUGGUGGACAAAAAUUCGAUCUUUCUAACGGUUACGGAGAAUUAUUACGAUUCGUUCGAUGUGAAUUAAUGCGUGGUUAAAAACCUUCAGUAAAUACGAAUACGAAUACGAAUGCUGUGGCGCCACCUGCACGCUACGUCCCUGACAAGGGUCGUCUGUUGACUCUGGUGGUGUUUAUUCGCGCUUGCCUCUCUCUCUCUCUCUCUCUCUCUUGCACCGAGUCAUUUGUGUUUGGACGAUCGCGAAUUUUUUUGCAAUGUGACGAGAAAAUGAAUGAAGAUUAGCGUGAUGUCGGACCUGUGCACGCGCCUAACAGUGGGUGCGCGCCUGGAUCUCGACUCGAAACUUGGUGGAACGUCUUGAAACAGGUCGAAAAUCAGCAUGAAAAUGCCGGCAACGCGACCGUACAGGUGCCCAUUGUUAUUCGCAGCUUUCACAGUUUUCGAUGAAACGGUGCAUCGACAGACUGCGAAUCCAGACUCCUGAAAAGUAUCGUGAAUCGUGCUUCGUGCGCUUCAAGUCCCCUCGCCGUCGGUGGGACUCGCGAGACGCGUUCUAACCGCACUAUAGGUUAGGUUACCGGCACAUAACCUUAAUUCAAUUCUAAGGAAAACUCGAGUUGUUACACAUGCAGGAAUUGAAACAUGACCUUCUUGUGAUCUCGUUUAAUUGAGAGUUAAACGUAUCUAGGAAGAUUGACCUCUUCUUCGCCAAGUGCUGAUUCCUACAUUGUGGGUGAUCGGUGCAAUGGAAUGAUCUGGGUGAUCAUAGGACAAUGAAGGCCAAUGGGACAAACAAUGGCUGUAGCCGCCUAAACACGCCAUUGGCAGCAACUACCACGCUGGAGGAUCCGGGAACACCAGCCUCUUGGAAGGGCCCGCCGCCCGGCUCGGAGGCAUCGCCUUUUACACCCAACUCCGUUGGCCAGGGUGGUGGACCUGGCUCUGGUCCUUAUAACAGUACAGGUGGUCCACCGAGUAAUGCGGCCUUCCAGGGUCCGAGUCCUUUCCCGGGUGGUGCUGGUAGUCCAGCAGGGGCACCACCUUAUCAAGGUCCACCUCCUGGUUCCGCGACUCCUCAAUAUACUGCCUCGCCAGCGCCUAGUGGUUCCUCGACACCUGGUCCCGGACCACCGCCGAAUUCGUCGGGCUUCCCUCCGCCGCCGAAUAAUUCCGGGCCACCAUACAAUGGGCCCGGACCGAGUCCGUUCGGCUCGCCAUCUGGCGGGCCACCGCAGUUCGUCGGUCGACCCGGUUCCUCAGGACCGCCAUUCGUACCUCCGGGAGCAGGGAAUCCUCAUUUUCCUUCGCAUGGUCAACCGUUUGGAGGUCCCCAGUACGGUAUGCCACCUGGAAGCCCAUUCGGACCAGGUCACCCGAUGACAGGACCUAUUGGGCCUGGACAUCCAGCGAUGAUGGGUCCUGGUGGUCCCGUCGACAGGAUAGAGCAAGGGCUUUGACUGCAAAAGAAAGGUCAAAGGAAUUCAAGACUCGUUCACAAUACCCAACAUCUGAGCAUCUGUAGCGUUUCUUACCUGAACCGAAAACUAUUUGGUGGCAAAGUAAGAAUAAAAGGUGCAUCAACGUCGAAAUGACAGGAUAAUAUCUUCGAUUGGCUGUGAUGCAAAAGACUGGCGGCUACUUUUGCAUCGCCCUGUACUAGCUACCUUCGGGGGUGGUAGGCGGAGGAUGGGGCUGCGGCGGGCGUUUUUCAAAUAAUUACAUCGAGCUGCGGUGGUGGUGGGUUGCCAUGGCAACCACAGUGCCUUCAGCAUCCUACGACUGAAAGCAACCGGGCAACCGUGCGAUGCAACCCGGUUCUCUUCCCUUGGUUCGUACUUCGUGCUAGUUCCGAACGUUUCCCUGGACCAUUUGUGUUUCAACGGAACGCUCCGAUGUUGGAUCGGGCAAGCCAAGGAGCAUGAAUUACUAAUCUGUAAAUAUACGUAAUAAUUAAAGAUCGCACGAAAAAUA